AUGUUCGACCAGUCAAACGAACAUACAACUACAAACCUCCGCAAGAUGGCUACAACGAGCGACAACCAGUCAAUCGAUCCUCAAAAGUCACCUUCUCCAGCUAAUUUUAAUACGGGUACGCAGGAAGAGCAGAUAAAUGAAACUAAGGGUCAUUCGCAGCAGGAUCUCCAUGAAUAUCCUCCGUUGCCGAGGGUAAUCAUGAUCACGAUGGCUUUAUACCUGGCAAUCUUCUUGGUAGCACUAGAUCGAACGAUCAUUGCAACGGCCAUUCCGCGCAUCACAGAUACCUUCCACUCCCUCGGCGACAUCGGUUGGUACGGCAGUGCCUACUUGCUCACAUGCUGCUCAUUCCAGUUGGUCUUCGGCCGGAUCUAUACAUUCUACUCCCCAAAAUGGGUCUUCCUAAGUGCCAUACUUCUCUUCGAAAUUGGCUCGGUAAUCUGUGGCGCCGCACCGUCCUCAACAGCCUUCAUCGUGGGACGAUCCAUCGCCGGCAUAGGUGCCUCCGGACUCAUGUCAGGCAGCGUCGUCAUCAUCGUCUAUAUCGCACCGCUGCAUAAACGACCCAUGUACACCGGACUCAUCGGCGCUGUGUUUGGCAUUGCGUCCGUCAUCGCCCCCCUGAUGGGCGGCGCCUUCACGGAGAACGUGUCAUGGCGAUGGUGUUUCUACAUCAACUUGCCCAUCGGCGCCGUCGCAAUGGCCAUUAUCGCAUUAAUCCUGAAGCUCCCAGACCCCCCACAUAAGAAGCUCUCAACCCGCGAACGCCUUGCAAAGCUAGACCCCCUCGGUACAGCAGUAUUCCUACCCGGAAUGAUCUGUCUCCUCCUCGCGCUCCAAUGGGGCGGCACCACUUACGCCUGGGCCAACAGCCGAGUAAUAGUCCUCCUAGUCAUCGCAGGAAUCCUCCUGCUAUGCUUCAUCGGCAUCCAAACAUGGAAACAAGACAACGGAACAGUGCCACCCCGGAUCUUUCUCCAACGCAGCAUCCUUUCCGGCUUCUGGUACCUUUUCAUGCUCAACGGCGCAAUGAUGGUCAUACUAUACUACCUCCCGAUCUGGUUCCAGGUAAUCAAGGACGCCAGCGCCGUAAAAUCCGGCAUAAUGACCCUCCCUAUGAUCAUCGGCCUGGUGGUGGGCAGCAUCGUCGCCGGCGCAGGAGUGACCAGAUCCGGAUACUACACUCCGUUCAUGAUCGUCGCGUCCAUCCUCAUGGCGGUCGGGUCCGGCCUGAUGACCACUUUCACCACGACGACCGGCCACAGCGCCUGGAUCGGGUACCAGGUCUGCUUUGGCUUAGGGCUGGGGCUCGGCAUGCAGCAGCCCGCUGCUGCGGCGCAGACUGUGCUUUCCCCAGGGGAUGUCUCGACGGGUAUCUCGUUGGUCUUCUUCGCGCAGUAUUUUGGUGGUGCGCUGUGGAUUUCGGUCGCGAACAAUGUCUUUGCGAAUUGUCUGGCCCGCAAUGUGGCUGGCAUUGCAGGGGUGGAUGCCCGGGAUGUUGUGACGGUGGGUGCUACGGCUCUGCGGGAGGUGGUUGGCGAUAAACAAUUGGCUCUGGUAUUACCUGGUUAUAACUCGGCUGUGGUUAAUGCGUUCUAUGUUGGGGUUGCCUGUGCGUGUGCUACGGGGAUUGGGGCAUUGACUAUGGAAUGGAAGAGUAUGAAGGGAGAGGUGGUAGUGGCCGACCAGAUUGUAGAUUGA